AUGUCGCACGGAGCCGGGCUCGUCCGCACCACGUGCAGCAGCGGCAGCGCCCCGGGAGCCGGAGCCGGCGCGGGGCCGCUGGGCGUGAGCUCCUUGGAGAAUCUGCUGGAUCCCAUCUACCCCCGCACGCACGGGGCGAUACUGAAGGUGGCGCAGAUGGUCACACUGCUGAUCGCCUUCAUCUGCGUGAGGACCUCUUUGUGGACCAGCUACAGCGCCUACAGCUACUUCGAAGUGGUCACCAUUUGCAACUUGAUCAUGAUCCUCGCCUUCUAUCUGGUGCACCUCUUCCGCCUCUACCGCCUGCUCACCUGUAUCAGCUGGCCCCUGUCGGAACUCCUGCACUAUUUAAUCGGUACCCUGCUCCUCCUCAUCGCCUCCAUCGUGGCAGCUUCCGAGAGUUACAGACAGAGUGGACUGGUGGCUGGAGCGAUCUUCGGUUUCCUGGCCACCUUCCUCUGCCUGGCGAGCGUGUGGCUGUCCUACAAGAUCUCGUGCGUGACCCAGUCCACAGACGCCGCCUGA